AUGACGACGUCGAGCGACGACGCCAACAGCCUUGACGACAACUGGUCCAACACCGGCUUCUACUACGUCAAGGCGACGAACCGGACCGUGGAGAUGCUGCGGCAGUGGCGGGCUGCGCGGCGGAGGUUCCCGCCGAACCACGGGCAGGCCAUCUUCAACGAGAUCAAGCACGAGCUUGCCGCCGCCCUCGGGGUGCGCAUCCAGUUCCGGCCUCGACACGGCGCGCUUCGCUGGCUUCUGCCGGAUCUUCCACAGCAACAUGGGCGCGGCGUGCACCAUGCACGCCAACUGCUGCUUCGGCUUCGCUAA